AUGGAGAUAACCUCGACGAUCGGUGCUCGGAAAAUUCUCCGACGGUACGAAGACGGCUCGUGGAGCUGCGAGGACGUCGUGCGCGCCUUUUGCAAACGCGCCGCUCUCGCCACACAGCUUGUCAACUGCUGCACGGAACUCAUGUUCGAAGAGGCCAUCUCUCAAGCUCGCGACCUUGACCGCUGGUACGCCGACACGGGGGAAUUUGUUGGUCCGCUCCACGGCAUCCCACUUUCGCUCAAGGACAACCAUAUCGUGCGCGGGCACGACACGACGCUGGGCUGGGUCGGCCUGGUAGGGCAACCUGCCGAGGCCGACGAGCUCACGGUCCAACAGUACCGCGCCCUGGGAGCGAUAGUGUACUGCAAGACGAACGUGCCCCAGAGUCUCAUGAUGAGCGACAGCUACAACCACGUCUGGGGCCAGAGCGUGAACUCGUUACACAGGGCGCUGAUAAGCGGCGGUAGUUCGGGCGGUGAGGGCGCGCUCGUGGGGGCCCGAGGGAGCGUGUUGGGUAUCGGCACCGACAUAGGUGGAAGUAUACGCAUCCCCGCGGCACUGCAGGGCCUGUACGGGUUAUGUCCCAGCGUGGGCCGCGUGCCAAACAAGGAGAGCUCGAAAGACCAAAAAUACAUCAUCCGUCCAGUGGCGGGGCCGAUGAGCAAUUCACUCGGAAGCAUCGAGCUGUUCAUGGAGGCGUAUCUGAGCCAGGACCCCUGGAACGCCAACCCGGGCAUCUUACCUAUACCUUGGCGGUCGGAGCUGGACGAGCAGGUCCAGAACAAGGAGCGGCUGCGGAUCGCGUGGAUCGUCGACGACGGCGCGGUCAAGCCGCAUCCGCCCAUUGCCAGGGCCGUGCGCGACGUGGUCGAGAGGCUGAAGCAAGCAGGCCACGAGGUGGUCGAGUGGGACGCGAGCGACCACCAGCGCGCCUACUACGAUCUCUGGGUCAAGGGUGUGCUCGCGGACGGCGGCAGGCGGUUCGAGGGGCUGUGUAAGAUGGCCGACGAGCCUCUCAUCCAGGGGAUGCUGGUGGGCACGGAAGAGACGUAUUUGGGUCCGGAGGAACGAAUGGAACUGGGCGAUCAGAUCCACGAGUACAAAAAGGCGUACCUGGACAGGUGGACCGAGUCCGGCAUCGACGCCCUCAUCAUGCCCGUGACCCCCUGGGUGGGCAUGCGGCCCAAGGUCUGGGUCAAGAGCCAGCAGUACGUGGGCUACACCGCGCUGUGGAACAUGCUGGAUUACAGUGCCUUGACCAUGCCGGCGAGUAAUGUUGAUUACGUCCUGGACGACCCGCGGCGGAACGACGAGUGGAAAGCGCACGGGGCCCAGACGAGAGGCUUCUCGGACGACUUUAACUAUAAAAUGUACCAGGAGCUCUGGGACGAUGGGGUGGUGCAGGGGCUGCCGGUGAACAUCCAGAUAGUGACGGGCCGCUUCGGCGAGGAAAAGGCAGUGGGUGUGGCGAAGGUGCUGGAGAAGUUGGGCAUAGUCUGA